AUGAUCUCGUGGGUCGUCGCCGUGACCGAUAUGAAGGAGCUUCAAAACUCCAGAUUCGCUUCAGUAUUCGCUCUACUGUUGACUGGAGUGAACUCGCCUGGCGCGGCGUCCGGUUGUCAGGAUGUUAUUUCAGACGAGCUGCGCUGUGUCGCAUGGCGCCGGCUUUUCCGUCAUACUCAUCCGUGUGCACACGUCAGCCUCCAAGUGAGCAAGAACCUCUACACGGGCCAGUUGUUGUCAAUACUGCACGUCACCUUAUGGGCAGCCAUCAUCAAAGGUAUAUCCGGAAUAAGUCAAGACUCGCAAGCCUUUGACAUGGCAUCCAUCGUUUGUGCGCACUCGAUGAUGCUGGCCAGCGUGAUGCUAGUGGCGUACGUUGCUAGCGUCAUCGCUCAACGUAAGGAGGACGACGAAAUAGAAGAGGAGUACUCUAACAGUCUGCAAAAACUUCUCAACCAACGCGCGCAUGUCCUGCUCGCCGUCUGGAUAUCCUCCAUCCUGGCAAACAUGCCCCCUUUUGUCGCAAGUCAACCUCGCCAUGUAUUGAUAUUCGCCUGCCCGGUCAUCCAACACUGGGUGCAGUACAGCAUUAUACAUCGAUGCGUUGCGAACGGGACGCACCUGCGAGCGCUCCAGGCGAUGGGCGAGAGUCGAGAUUCAAUCGCCAGAUCGUGUUGUCGUGUCAGGGAGUCCUUGCGGGCGAAAGCUCCAUUUGGCCGAGAAAGCGCUCCUGAUGUAGAAGUCAUUGCCCUCGAACCCAUUCAACUGUGA